AUGAAAAGAAAUUCAUCAUUUUCUUCUUCAUUUGAUAUCACUCAUAACAUUCACUCUAUCACUUCUCCUUAUUAUUAUUCCUGGCAAAAAUAUUUUGGGAAAGUUUUCAUUUAUUGGUUGGGGACAGAGUCGUUUUUAUAUAUUGUUGAUCCUGGAUUCUUAAAGAUAAUGUCUUCAAAGGUUUUGGCUAAGAAAUGGGGGAAACCAAGUGUUUUUAGAAAAGAUAGAGAACCAAUGGUUGGAAAUGGUUUGGUGAUGGCUGAAGGCACCGCAUGGGUCCAUCAUCGACAUGUUAUAGCCCCGACAUUUACUCCACUUAAUCUUAAGACAAUGGCAAGCAUGAUGGUUUAUUCCACCAGGAAAAUGAUCAAAAGGUGGGAUACCCAAAUUAACUCCGGCAACCUUGAAAUCGAUGUCGAAAAUGAGAUUGUAGCAACCGCCGGAGAGAUCAUAGCAAAAGCAAGCUUUGGAAUGGGAGGUGAAAAUGGAAAAUUAGUUUUUAAUCAAUUAAGAACUUUGCAGAUGAUCCUUUUUAAGACCAAUGAAUAUGUUGGGGUUCCAUUUGAAAAAUUAUUUAAUUUGAAGAAAACAUUAGAAGCAAAGAAAAUUGGUGAAGAAGAAUUGCUUGAUGAGUGCAAGACAUUUUUCUUUGGUGGCUAUGAAACAACAUCACUUUCAAUCACAUGGACUUUGCUACUUCUAGCUUUGCAUCAAGAUUGGAAAAACCAAUUGAGAGAUGAAAUUAAACAAGUGAUUGGUAAUGUUGAAGAACUUGACAUCAACUUGCUUGCUAAUUUAAAGAAGAUGAAAUGGGUGAUGAGUGAAGCACUUAGACUUUACCCACCAUCUCCAAAUGUGCAAAGGCAAACUAUGGAGGAUAUUCAAGUUAAUAAUUUAAAGGUGCCUAAAGGGACAAAUAUUUGGAUUGAUGUUGUAGCAAUGCACCAUGAUGUUACAAUAUGGGGGAUUAAUGCCAACAAGUUCAAACUAGAGAGAUUUAUGAAUGAUGUAAAUGGGAAAUCCAACAACAAAAUGGGGUACUUGCCUUUUGGUUUUGGAGGAAGAGCAUGUGUUGGUAGAAACUUAACUUUCAUGGAAUAUAAGAUAGUGCUAACACUACUUCUCUCUAAGUUUAAUUUUAAAAUCUCUCCUAGUUAUCACUAUUCUCCUACUAUCAUGUUGUCUCUUAGGCCCAAUCAUGGACUUCCUCUCAUAGUUCGACCAUUCUAG